GACUGUGGAUAUAGCACAGGAGAUGACCAGAGACUGCGAACACAGUACAGGAGAUGACCAGAGACUGCGAACACAGUACAGGAGAUGACCAGAGACUGCGGACAUAUUACAGAAGAUGACCAGAGAUGGCGGGCAUAGUACAGGAGAUGACCAGAGACUGCAGACAGAGUACAGGAGAUGACCAGAGACUGCGAACACAGUACAGGGGACGACCAGAGACUGCGGACAUAGUACAGGGGACGACCAGAGACUGCGGACAUAGUACAGGAGAUGACCAGAGACUGUGGGCACAGUACAGGGGAUGACCAGAGACUGUAGACAACAGUACAGGGGAUGACCAGAG